AUGACUCAAGGUCCGGAGAUCUCUAAGACAGACGAGGUGGAGGAAGUGGGGCAGGUGGCGUCCUCAAAGGCUGCGUCUGAGAUCAUCGAGCAGAUCGUGCACCGCGGAGGGCACAUUUUAUCUCAGCACGAGCUCCAGCGACGCCUCAUCCACAAUGCUUGGGAGGUUACACAGGAGGUGGCAUGCUCUCGCCUGCAGAUGUGCUUUGUGCCCCAUGAUGAGGAGCAAAACACCUGGACUGUCGAAGAGGAUGAGCCGCUGCCACCGGCGCGAGACAUUUGGUUGCGCAAGCAGAUUGAGGUGUUGAAAGACGAGGACAAUCAAGCGGAGAUAGCAGAGGUGAAACUCUCCCCUCGCAUGCGCCGGAGGAAGACGAGGGUGAAGGCCUAUGCUCCACGGUUGGCCAACCGCCGACAGUCUUUGCUGCUUCACCAGAGUCGCGUGACCCCAUUAUCUGCGUGCUCUUCAGUGGAGGACCGAGAAGACGAGGAGGUGCUCCGCCAAGUAUGGCUGCAGCGCUCCGCCCGGAGGGCCAACCCUCCGUGCGAGCUGAGCAAGCGGGAACAAGCCGCUUUGCGGCAGGAACAAGAGAGGAGACGGCUCGAAUUGCAGGUCAUCCAACACGAGAAGGGCACCACUCCGUCCACGCAAGGGGAGGGAGCCGUUGAGGCGGCCGACAAUGAACCAGGCGAAGACCCUUUUCGCGACAAUGAGGAGGUGGAACGGCUUCCAAAGAUGAUGGAUUCCAUUCGCUUCGAUGUCAGAAGUGUCAAGGCAACCCCGAGAACCGAUUUGGAGGAGGCUUCAGCGUGCGCUGCUUCCAAUGAGGAGAAUGCAAAGCUCUUGGAGCCAAUGUCCGAGGUGGUGGCCGAUGGCUUUGUCAGGUCUGAUGCUUGCCAACCAAGUCCUUGGGCCAUGCGGCUGCAGCCUGGAGUGGUGCUGGAGUGGCGUGGGAGGAAGAAAACCGGCCCGUGUGGCCCUACAGCAGGGGUGUGGAAGGUCUACAAAGGCCACACCGAGGAGCCGCGGGUCGACGAGAACGAGACCAGUCGAGGCACUGCCCUCGAUGGACGAUCUCGAGAGAACGACCAGGAAGCGACGGACUCUCCGGAACGCGUGCCGGAACUGCGAGGGGCCUGGCGCCAAGGCCUGCCGCCGCGGCCGGCCUCGGCUCAUGCGAUCCUGGGAUGCCGCUCUGACAGCAGCAUCGCCGCGUCGCUGGUGUCCAAGACGCCGGCCACGGCGCUCAACACAGCCUUUGGUUGGUUGGAGCAAGGGAAAAGCGGUGGGGCGCCCUCGAAAGUUCAAGGACGGAUUUGUGCACCGCCCCCGCAAAGGGAGAGGCCAAGCUCGGCCUUGCCACGGAGGUCGGAGAGUUGCACCGGAGCCCUGGGCCCUGGUCCACAGGGUGUCCUACGAUCGCAGCCACGGCAACCGAGGCAGAAGGUGCCUUUGCUGGGAGGCACUGGUGCUAUCGUUCAGCCACCCUUGGGAGCCACCAUGGGGCACGGCCUUUUGCCCGCCGAACGCAACCUGCGAGAAGCGGUCAAGAAGGGAGAGUUCUACUACCCGGCAACAUCCCAAGUGAAGGUCGACCAGGUUCGGGUCACGCGCGCAGGCCCUGGAGAGAGGGACUUCCACGCGCGGGACUUCCACGCGCGCCGCGUGGAGAUGAGGAUGAGUGCCGGAUGGGCCGCUCCAAAUGGAGUGGCGCGGAAGGACCUCAUGCAAGUGGCAGUGAUUCUACGCUAUGGCUCCUUGGCCCCCCACGUGAUGUUGGGCGAUUUACUGAAACGCCAUCCGCAUGGCCAGGUCUCGUCCUUGACGGAUGCGCCCUUGACCGCUGGACGGCUGUCGACCUGCUCCAAGGCCGUGCCAUUGGGCGCAGAUGGUGACAGGGCCCUGCGGACGGCGAUCGGCAAGGCUUUGCAUGAGCUCCAACGGGAGAGGCUUUACGUCAUUGGAGGCUUGGACAACAGCUUCGCUCCUUUGGCCUUGGUCGAGCGCUUCGACCCCUUGGAGGGCACCUGGGAGACCUUGCCUCCCAUCAGCACGGCCCGCCACGGGGCAUGCGCCGCCGCCUUCGGUGGAUAUCUGUACGUGAUCGGUGGCGAGGUCAACGGUGUGGCCCUGCGCGACGUGCAGCGCUUCGCGCCGCGGAGCGGCGCACGGCGCUGGGAGACGAUGCCCUCCACGGCCUUGGGCCGCAUCAAGGCGGCGGCCACCGAGUGUCAGGCACGGAAUCUUCUGCGGUUCUGGGGGGCCUGGCGAGUCAAGCGGGACUCCUUUCGUGCUUUGGGAGAGGGGCUGCUGUAUGUCUUGGGUGGGAACGAUGGCUUCACUGCCUUGCGCUCGGUGGAGCGCUAUGACCCCUUUGAAGGGCGUUGGCAGAGCGUGGCCUCCAUGCAGAAGCCCAGAUACGCAGCCUCAGCCAUGGCCAGGGAGGAUUGCAUCCUCGUCUUCAGCGGCGAGCUCAGCGAGGAGGGGGCUGCUGCGUCCUUGGAAAUCUACGACAUCCAGGCCAACACCUGGCACUUGUUGCCUUCCCUGCGAUCGCCCCUUUGUGGCUCCGUGCCUAUCUUGAAGGCGUCCGGCGAUGAGGUCUACAGCUUCGGAGGAGCCUUCUGCGAGAGCUGA